AUGCGGCGCCAGCUUCGCCGCACCGACUACACCGUAGGAUGGGUCUGCGCUCUACCCGUUGAGCUGGCGGCAGCGCGGCUCAUGCUGGAUGAAAAGCACGAAGACCUCGAGCGCGACCCAGGCGAUAACGACGAGAAUUUGUACGUCCUCGGCUCAAUUGAGGGGCACAACGUAGCUAUUGGAUGUCUGCCUGCUGGCCAGACUGGGAACAAUUCAGCCGCUGUUGUGGCGACACAGAUGUUAGCUACGUUCAAGAAGAUCCGGUUCGGGCUGAUGGUGGGUAUUGGUGGAGGUGUUCCUAGCGCGAAGGCAGACGUCCGGCUCGGGGACGUGGUAGUCAGCCAACCUGACAAUACGUAUGGCGGAGUGGUGCAGUAUGAUAUGGGAAAGACGACUAGAGACGGGUUUGUGCGGAAAGGGUCGCUCGACUCUCCGCCUCAGGCGUUGCUCAACGCAUUGUCACGGAUCCAAAUGAACGAGUGGCUCGUAGAGAGUGGGUUGUCCAAGCACGUCUUGAAGCUGGAGCGAUCAAAAUUCCAGCGAAGUCGGGCAGGGCCUGACGUCCUUUACGAUGCAGCGUAUGACCACGAGAACCCCAGCAGCCAAACGUGCGACAUGUGCAGCGUGGACAGGAUCCAAGCUCGAAAGCCACGAAAUGACGAGGAAGAAGUGGUUGUGCACUACGGCACAAUCGCGUCAGGGAAUCAAGUGAUAAAGAAUGCUGCUGAGAGGGACAAGGCUAGCGCGCAGCUCGGUGGCGUGUUGUGCUUCGAAAUGGAAGCGGCGGGGUUGAUGAACACCUUCCCAUGUCUGGUAGUUCGUGGCAUCAGCGACUACGCCGACUCGCACAAGAACGAUCGAUGGCAGGCGUACGCCGCGGGCGUUGCAGCUGCAUAUGCAAAGGAAGUGCUGUCGGUGAUAAAGCCAACUGAAGUGGCGGGUACACGAAUAGCGGAUAACGACACUGGACAAUCUAGCGAUACUCCAUUACUCCGUACAGUCCAAGCUCCGAGACCACAGCGACAAGACCAUGACACCCGCAACUCGAAGGACCUUUCCUGUGCUGAUAUCGUCACCGUCAAUCAUGUCGCUGGUCCAAAGAUACCUCGAGAUCCCAGCCAAAAAGCCGCCAAUGAAGAGAUCCACCAACCCUCAAGCCCGGAGACCAGGCCAGAAAAGCACGAGCUUUCGGACGAGCAACGUAACGCAAUCAAGGCUAGCCUCCAUUUCAAACAGAGAGAUGCUCGACUUCUCACCCUCAAGCAAGCUCAAGCCAAGACAUGUCGAUGGUUACUCAAAAACCCGAAAUACAGUGAUUGGAUGCAUGUGGAUAAGAUAAAUGAGCACCGUGGUUUCUUCUGGAUCAAGGGCAAGCCGGGCUCAGGAAAGUCUAUCAUGAUGAAGUUUCUGUUCUCUCAGGCUAAGAAGUCCAUGAGAGGAAGCCUCGUUCUCUCCUUCUUCUUCAAUGCACGAGGCGAGGACCUGGAAAAGACAACAUCUGGCUUGUACCGUGCUUUGCUUCUACAACUUCUUGAGAAAGCACCAAAAGCCUGGGAGAUAUUCGAGGACGACGACCUUGGCACAUCUACACUCGACCUGAUUGAAGAAUCUGGCUGGCAGGAUGAGGUUCUUCGCCAAUUAUUUGUACAAAGCCUUCAGAAGCUCGGAGACCAACGUGUUGUUUGUUUUGUUGAUGCUCUGGACGAAUGUCCCGAGGAUGACAUUCGCGACAUGGUCUCAUUCUUCGAAGAGAUUGGGGAAAUUGAGUCAGCAGCGGAGUUCCGUGUGUGCUUCUCGAGCAGGCACUAUCCCGAGAUCAGUAUCCGGACUGGCCUCCAGCUUGUGCUCGAAGCAGAAGCGGAGCACACGAACGACAUCACUGUCUACAUUGAUGCCAACCUGAAAAUCAAAGAGACCGCGCAAUUCGAGGAUGUCAGGGCCGAGAUUCUGCGCAAAGCAUCUGGAAUCUUUCUCUGGGUGCAUCUCGUCAUUCCUAUGCUGAACAAAGAAUACGAUUCAGGGAGGAUCAAAGCCCUGAAGAAGCGACUUGCACAAAUCCCAGCUGGGCUGCAUAACCUGUUCGCUGAUAUGCUGACCAGAGAUCGACUGAGAUUGGAAUACCUUUGUGUUUGUGUUCAGGUCAUCCUGCACGCCGCACGACCAUUGAAGCCAAACGAGUUUCGUAUAGCAAUCGAAACGUAUUGCGAUGAAAAAUACACGGUUGAUCAGUGUUGUGAUCCCGUACUGAUGAGUUCUGAGAACUUGAGAAAGUUUGUGCUCGAUGCUUCCAAGGGUUUGGCGGAGAUCACAAAAUCCAAGGAACCGACUGUGCAAUGGAUACACGAAUCCGUACGGGACUUUUUCAUAAAGGAAGACGGGAUGAUAAUGUUGCGAUCCGCUGAGGAUACCACACACGAAUCGGGACACAGCAUCCUUGUAAAGAUUUGUUUGCGGCAGCUGGACUUCGCGCGCUCAGUCUUUGGUCACCCCUCCGAUGUGGAGUUCUACUCGCGCUUUACCAAGCCAGAGUCUGUUCACCAGCAAGCUCCCUUAGUACAGUACGCAUUAGAUUUCAUGUUCUAUCAUGCCAAUUGGGUACAAAAGUCGAGCCUAGACCAGACCUCGUUCCUUGAGAUGUUCCAGCAUAGCUACGAACAAAUCUGGUCUUUGUUAUGCCCCGCGACCUCCAGGUCUAUCGACCGCAGCACUCACAUCCUAUAUCUACUUAGUGAGUAUGGGGCUGACGAACUUAUUCGAGUACACCCCGAAAGAGAUGAUCACUUCUACCUAAAGGGGGGUCAUUUUGGUUUGCCCCUGUUGGCAGCUUUAUAUGCCGGCCACAACGCAGCAGCCCGUGCAUUAGUUGGUCUUCCUCCAGCUCCUGAGGAAGAAAACACUAUACCAGGGCAAUCAAAACCUCGUCGAAGUUUUGCUUUGAAGAAAGAGAACUACAGAGCAAGCCGGCACGCUUUAAGCUAUCUAUGCGAGUAUGGGGACACUGAGCUGUUGGAAGCUGCGUUGAAGUCCGAAAGAUUCAAUGUGGAUUAUGACGUUGCCCACGAAUGCUACCGGAAUGCGUCAUCUGAAGCCAUUGUGGAAACGCUUGCCUCUUUUCCGGCCACUUCGACUGAAUCGCUUUUCCGCAGUGCGGUCGAUGCUUCAGCCUUAGCCCCCCCAAACUUCAAUGACGACCCGCUUGCUAGCAUCAAUCUACCAUACUUGAAGUUAGUUCUGUCAAAGGCACCCAGCGCCAUAAACCAAUCUCAUCUCUGGGGUGGUCAUACUUGCCUACUAGCUUAUGCUGCUGACAGAGGCUUUGAAAAGAUCAUGAGACUUUGUAUCGAGGCCACCGAGGUCUCGAACAGGCAACAUGCCGUGUUGGCUGCAGUCUGUGGCCGCAUCAACCAAAGCGGUCGAACCUCGAUUCUAAGACAACUCUUCGAAGUAGGGCUCGAUUCCGAUUAUGACAAUUCAGGCCUCGAACGGGCGCUCUUUGAGAUCAUCUGCCAACCACAUAAUGAGGACGUGGUCAGUUUAGUGUUGGCCAGAACAAAGCUGAAUCUUGAGACUACGAAACAGAAUGGUAUGACACCGCUGCUGUGGGCACUCCACCAAGGACGGAAGGCUUAUGUCAAAAUGUUCCUGGACGCUGGUUCGGAUCCAGCGGCUCGCCUCCACGACGAUGGUACAACCGCGCUUAUACUUGCUGUAAAGUUGGGUGAUCUCAGUUCAUUUCGACUCAUUCUGAGUAAAACAAACUGCGAGCCGAACGCACGAGAUUAUUACAGACGGACUGCCCUUUCAUGGUGUGCAAUGGUAGCCGAUGAUUGUGCAAUCACGAUGAUCUCAGAUCUCCUGAAACGACCCGAUGUACAGCCAAACUCCAAAGACAAGUCCGGCCGGACUGCACUGAUGCGAGGGGUGGAUUCUGGUAACCUCAAAGUUGUUGAGGCUUUACUUCAAGAUGUCCGUGUUGAUCCAGACUUUGGUCCAUGUCAUAGAUCAACUCCACUGAGGCUCAGCUUGAUGCGUUAUGUUGAGGAGGGGACUCAGGCGUUCUUUGAAAUGGCAAAAACACUUCUCCAGACAUGUAGGGCAGAUCCUCAUUGCGCCCGAAAGCGGCCGACACCUGCCGAAAUUGCGAACGACCUUGAGCAUGAUCAACAAGACGAGUGGACAAAACUGUUGCAGGACACCGCGCCGGAAAGAGAGCGGUUGAAUAACAAUGGGCUCGAAAAUGCGAGGGAGCAGACUAUGCUUCAGCUUUGA